UCAAGAAGCUUUUAUAGAAAAUUAUUGUUUUUAUUAUGAAAUAAACAAGUGAUAUAGAGAAAGAAACUUUUUUUAACAUUGUGCUUUUAUUAUUUUAUUAUCCUUAAAUAAUAUUUAUACCCGUGUACUCAAUUUUUCUACAAAAUAUCCUGAAAUUUAAUCACACCUAACCUAAAAAUGACGGAGAAUUUUGCGGAUAUUAUCAAUGAGGAACAAUUAAUACAAAAACAUAAAAAAGAACGAAAGGAUUUACAAGCGCAAAUUCAAUCAUUAAAGAAAUCAAUAGGCAAGGGAAAUAAAAAGCAGAAAAAAGAUGUGACGGAGGAAAUUGCACGCCUCGAAUUAGAUUUAGAUAAAAGGCAAAAUGACGAAUUAGUGAAUUUUAAAUUAUCUGAAGUGAAAUUAGAACAAAUAGAUAUAAAAGAAAAUGCAAAUGAAGAAAACCUUGAUCAAAGUGAAAAUGUAGACGAGAAGGAAGAACAACAAGUGAUACCGCAAAAAAUAUCAAAAGCCCAGAGGCGACGCGAAAAGAAAGCAAACGAGGAAAAGGAACGAAAUCAACGAAUAAUUGAUGAAGAAGCUGGAAAUAUUUAUAGUAAACGAAAUAUGGAAAUGAUAGCAAUUAGAAAUAUUCUCGUGAAACGUGAAUUUAAAUUACACGAAAUUGCCAGCGAUGGCAACUGUUUAUAUAAUGCAGUCGCGCAUCAAAUGAAAGUCAAGGGUCUAACGCCUCUUGGCUUUAGUGAUCUUCGAACAAAAACCGCAACUUACUUACGCGAAAAUAUGAAUGAUUUUCUUCCAUUUCUAGCCAAUUCAGAAUCAGAGGAUUUAUUAACUCCCGAGGAGUAUGAAAAAUAUUGCGACAACGUUGCUAAAACAUCAGCAUGGGGUGGAGCUGUCGAGCUUCAAGUUCUAUCGAAAAUUCUCGAAUGUCCCAUUGAAGUUAUUCAAGCUCAGGGUGCACCAUACGUUGUUGGGGACGAAUUUGACGCGAUGAAAAAAUUGACAGUGACAUAUCAUCGACACAUGUACGAAUUAGGCGCCCAUUAUAAUUCUGUUACAAAACACAAUCCUGGCGAACAACCAGAUGAAUUUUAACAAUUUUCCUCUAUUGUAUGUAUAUAAUUUUUAAUAACGAUUUUUAUUCAUCAUCAAUUUUAUUUAAUAUAAUAUAUAGUAAAUAAAUUUGGAGAAAAAAAACGA